CGGGCCCUCUCUGGAGCGGCGGGGCCGGGGCGGGGCCGAGCUCCCCGCGCAUGCCGGGAGCGGCGGCGCGGGCCCGGCCCCGUGUGGCGGCCGCGGGGCUGCGGGAACGGCCGGGCCGGGGCUGCCCGGGGAAAGCCCGGCGGCGACUGGAGCCGGGCCCGGGGAUCCCCCGGCCGCGGGAUCGCCCCGAGAGGCGGCACAGGAAAACGCAUCCAUAGGAUGGAGUUAGAGCACCUUAGUAGGCUGCGUCAGGCCAACAAGGACCUUCUACAAAAGCUAAGAAUGAAGCAGGAAGAGAUCAGAAAAAGCCUUCCCAGCAAGCCACUUGUUCCAGCAUCUCUUCAUAAUGUAGCAACUACGGAAAGAUCCCUCCCCUUGCCCAAGAGAGGGAAGGAAAAUCAAGUUGAUGCUGUGUCUACUCAACAUGAUCCUGCAACGUUGGUGUCUGCGGAACCCAGAGCUUAUGCAGCCAGAGCAACCCUCUGUUCCUCACUCAAACGCAGCAGCAAUGACAGAGGGGUGCAGCAACAAGUGAAGGUGCAGGGAUUAGUAGGUUUGGAUUCCAGCUUUCCUGAUAAAGAGAAGAAGGUUAUGCCUGCGUCUGCGAUCAUUGCAUGUGGUAGAGAAACCUGCAGAGUGGAUAGGUAUGGCCAUGAUCAAGAAAGUGCAGAGAGAGAAUCUGUCCUUCUGGGACAUGGAGAGAACAAAAACCAGUCCACUCUUCCACAUGGUGUCAGUGAGAAAAAACAACCUAAGGCUCACUUGGACCUAUCACUGAACAAAAAACAAAGUGAAGAGACCAGCAAGGAGCCCAUAACCCCUAAAUCAAUCCUGCUGACAUCUCAGUCCAAAGAGUGGAAGAAAGAAGCUGCUCACGUGACUUUUCAGUCUGAGCCUGAAGAAUAUGCCCUGCCUGCAGGUAGCUGGUCUGUGCGUCCAUUCCUGGGCUAUGACUGGAUUGCAGGGCUCCUAGAUACAGAUUCUUCAGUAGCAGAAAAAUCUGAUCAAUAUUUUGCUGAUCUCCAUGAGUUCCGACAGGCCAACAAAGAAGCAUGUAUCCAUGAGCAGCACCUGGAGCCCAAGGCUCUGGAUUACAUAAUUCCUGAACAAGAGCAAGAUUUGAAAACCAGUUCCCAUAAGUGUGUUUACUGUUACCGAUUAAACCAGCGCCUCUUCACUGUCCCUGUGGAUUCAGAAUCUGCCUGUCCCGUGUGUAAGAUGCCACGUGCCCACCAGCCCCCAGAGACGCUGGAAGAGCCAACCUAUGUCAGGGUCAGCAUUCCCAGGUCUACUCUUCUGCCUGCCUACAAGUACAAAGCUCAUCGCAGGAAAAGCUUUGAACCAGCAGACAGUCUAGCGUUACCCUCGCAUUGCCUAGUUGGCUGGGAAAACAUCAUCCCUUCCAGUAACUCCACACUCAGCAAUUUGGAUCUGCGAGCUUCACUGGAAGAGAAGUCUUCUCACCAUCCUCGCGUGAACUCCGUGUCCAGAGUGUCAGGAGGAACCAGAACUGACCAGCUUCUAAACCUGACCCAUUCAACACUCUUCAGAUUUAGCAAGGCUUCUCACAGAGGGAGCAAAACAAAGUUGGACCCUACAGAGCGGCUCCAAAUUUAAAUACUGCUACCUCAACUGUGAACCACUGACUUGUUUGCCUUGGGGAAGGGGCGGAGGUGGGGAGUGGACAAGUUAAUUUGGUUAAAAAUAAAUCUUGAACGAGAGAUUUUUUUCUAAUUUUCAUAGUUCCGUGUCUCUGUGAGCAACCAAUACAUAAAUCUCAAUGUACAAACCCUCACAACCCUCAUAUAUGUCUUUUCACUUUUCUUUUUGUGAGUUUUGCAGCUACUUCUAAGCAGAUGCAUGAGCUUUCCUCCCUGGGGCUGCAUAGAGAGCUGAGAACAGGAAAACUAGGAGAGUCAUAGCAACAGAUACAUAUAGAGUUCACCUGCCACCUCGAUUAAGUAAACCAGAAAUGUAAGUUUAGCUUUGAAUGCAAGGGCAAGGAAUUAGUCUAUGAAUGGCCUGCUUCAGUGGGAUGCGUACAAAUAUGCUUAUUUCCGAACACUCGAAACAUGACACACAAUCUCCUAGUGCCUUAGACUUGAGUUACUCAACAAUUUAGUUAAAAU